AUCGACUCGCCUUGACUCGUGGAAUCGGCUCUAUUGAUUUUCAACGGUAAAGGGGAUUCGCAUAUUCGCAAUGUAGACGGAAGUGCCUGGUGCGCAUGCGCGACAAUGGCUGUUUGUGUUAUCAUAAUACUGACCCGGGAUCAGCAUUGAGGAAGCGCGGCACAAUACGUGAGGCACAGAGGCAAUGAGUAAAACUGAUCUAGGAACGGCACCCCGGAAGUUUUCCAGAACCAGAACGCACAUGCUUGUGAUUUGUAGCUGAAUGAGAAGGGAGUUACUUGCCAGGGAAGUGUGCAAUGUUAAACAUUGUUACGUGUCUGUUUAAAGUGUAUAAUACGAUUUCAACUGUAAUCUGAUUCUCUGACGUUUUUAAUUGGAUGGCAUUGAUAAUGAUACUGAAGGAAAAAAAUAUUAUGGAGAGUUACAAUUGAGUUUGUUUAGGUAUGGCAUUGAAGCUUGUGUAGAUGUAACAUUGGUGUUUUUGUAGAACAUUGGAGUUUGUGUAGAUGUAACAUUGGUGUUUUUGUAGAACAUUGGAAAUUGUGUAGAUGUAACAUUGGUGUUUUUGUAGAACAUUGGAGUUUGUGUGGAUUGUGUAGAGACUGUUAUAUCUGGGAGUAUUGUUGCAUCGCAGUGAGUUUGUUUCGGCUAAAAAUGUGGAGAACUGCCUAUAGGUUCUCAGAUGUUAUUAAAACUAACACAAAUUUGGAGAGUUUAACAUUCCUUUUCCCAAACUGCAUCCAACAUGCACUGUAUCACAACUCCCAAAUUUUGUUUUGCCCAAAAGACACCGGUUUUAAAGUUACUCAACGGGUAAGACGCAACCCUUUCAAGUCCUCGGGUCAUCUUUCCAGAAUCGUCCGUCCUUCUGGAAAAUCUUCCGGUCCUGACCGGGGGUCUGGACCUGAACGCAGAGCCUCCUCUGAACUCCAAAAGCUGAGCUUGGAGGACCUCAGAAAGCCAGAACCAGAACCUCCGAAGCUUCCUAAGAGAGCCAAGGACAGGGUUAUUAACACCCGUCUCCAGAGAGAGAAUCAAGAUGAGUUGGUCUUCGGGGUGGCCCCUUGUUUACUAGCCUUGACUCAGGGGAAACGGAAGCUCACUCAGCUUUUCGUGAAGCGCAGCGAAGGACGUCAGAGGGAAUCCGUGGAGAAGGUUUGUGAGGAGGCAGUCAGGCGAGGCGUUCCCAUUAAGCACAUCUCUAAGAGGGAGAUGGAGAAGAUGAUCGGUGGUGCGGUCCAUCAGGGAUUGUGCCUUCAAGCCAGUCCAUUAAGUUUCCUUACCAAGGAGAAAUCCAGCAGUCAGCAGGGAAAUUGGCGCAGUGGAAACCCCUGUCCAUUAUGGCUCGUCCUGGACGGCGUGCAAGAUCCGAUGAACCUCGGCACCGUCCUUCGCUUGGCAUAUUUUCUUGGAGUCGACAGAGUAGCUAGUAGCAUUCGCAACAGCUGUCCGUUAACUCCAGUGGUGAGCAAAGCCAGCUCAGGAGUGAUGGAGCUCAUGGAUGUGUAUGGCUAUGAGAACUUGGCUGACAUCGUAAAGAUAAAACACAAACAAGGAUGGCAAGCAAUCGGUACUAUCUGCGCUGGUGAGACGUCUUCUGGAGUUUCCAUUAUUCCAUGUUCUGACUUCAAGAUGUCGAAACCUACACUGUUACUGAUGGGUGGUGAAGGUUUCGGGUUGUCUCCUGAACUGCGUGAGCUGUGCGACGUUUUCCUCACUGUUCCUCCCAGAAGAGAGCUUCAUCCCGCCGUGGACUCGCUCAACAUCUCUGUAGCCACAGAACUGGCCAGUGAGGAUAAUGACGAUGAUGAUGAUGGUGGUGGUGGUUUAUUUACUUGCACUGCCUCCCUGUGACGCUUAAUGACUGGAUUAGUUCAUCAAUUAGCCAUCAGCUAAUUGACCCUUGAGAACUCAUCGAUCAGAAAAGCCGAGACUGGGGAGGAGUUCUCAACUGACAGUUGGACUGCAUCCUACUCCGAGGAACGAGCGGAGCAGGAAAUGUCAAGGCUUUGCUAACUGUAACGAAAUGCAAAACAUGAUGUAGAUGAUGCAGGAGAGAAAUGGCAGGAAUUGUUCUGACAGAAGCGUACGAAAUUAAACGUAAAAAAUUGUUUGAAAAAAACAAACAAAACGAGUGCUGUUUUGUUCAAAUGUUUGUUCAGACAGCUUUCUUGUCUGACAGCUUUAGCACUGUCGCUGACUAUCAAAUCCCUGUGUGCGUUUUAACUACAGAAAGAUAGUGUAUUAGAAUGAGCGCGUUAAUAGAAACCUUGCAGCCGGAACUGUUCUAUGAAACCUUUCGUCCUCCUACUUAGUACUCCUACUUUUCAGCAGGUGGCACUGUAGGUCAGCGCUCCUCUACGAAAUUUGACAGGCGUCUAUCCUGGGCAUCUUUUUCAGUUUUUUUUUUUUUUCCCUCCCCUUCUGUUUAUGAUGUUUAAAGCUUAGCCAAGGAUAAUCCCAGAACAGCAAUGAGCAAAAACCUAAAUCUGAGCAAAAAGUUGCUUUGCGUCAUGUUUCAUGGCUUCUCUGCUGACUUGGGGGUGUUACAGAACGGGACGGUUCACAAUUAAAGUAAAACGGGCGAGCGGGACAGGACGAUUAACCCGCUAAUGCUAUAGACCAUUAGACCUCUCCGUCUUACUCUCUUUUUAGCCUCGAGCCAGCUCGGGGAGAAUGGGACAUUAGACGAGACGGUUUAAUGUAAUGACCCAUUCUGUGAUUUUUACAAGGCAGAAUGAUUUGUAGCAUGGAGCAGGGAACGACAGAUCCUCCUCAGAUUUGUCAAGAUUUGCACAAAAUGGAUCUUUUUUUUUUCCAGACCUUUUUUUUCUUUUAUUUUAUUAAAGCUAUUUAUUAAGCUAGACAUCAGAGGCGUUGCUAUUAAUAAAAACAAAUAAGUUUCAACACCAGUCUGUCAAGACAGCUAAAGUCAACUGAAAUAUCUGACAGGGAAAAGUUAUUUCUAAUAUUGUUUCCGAAAAACGUGUAAUAGUUCUCAAAAAUUUUCACAAUUCUUCAAUUUUACUUUCCAGCUUAAACUUGUGAUACACUGUAUUUAGGUUGCGUUUCUACGUACAACCUUUUAUUUUAUUAUUAUUAUUAUUAUUAUUAUUAUUAUUAUUAUUAUUUUACCAUGUCACUGUUGAAUUCUCGAUUUUGAUUUGGUUAAAAGGUAUCGAUUUAUUUUCCCUAUAAGCAGCUCUGAUGACAGUUCGGCUGCAAAUCUGAAUCCGUAAUCAUUGCUAUGCUGAGGUUUUCUGUAAAGAAAAUGCAUUGAACUGAGCUGAAACGAUUCAUGGAAGGAGUCUCCAGUUUCAGUGUGCUUUGUAACGGUUAAAGGUAAAGCUAUAACUUUUAUUUUGUCCACCAUGGAGUCAUGAGGAGAGAGGACACUGCCAUUAAAAAAACCCCCAACAACAACCGACCAGUAUUUUAAACUUAUUUAAAAUUGAUAACUUGUUUCAUGGACAUUCCACAACAAUAAAUGGAACUAUAAAUGGAUAAAAAUUACACAUCGCUCUUUAAUAA